UAAACAAAAUCAAAGAUUAACGAAGCUUUUAGAGAAAAACAAAAAACAACAACAUGACUUACCUAACUCACUCUUUGCUCUUCUUCUUCUCUUACUUGUCUUUGCUUCUAUGUAUUUCCAUUGCAGGAAGCAGACCUGUUCAUGGUCCAGCUUAUUCAAACCCUUCUGCUAUAUCUCCAGAAGCUUACGAUUUCUUUCACCCGAAAUCAUCACUCCCUGACAACAAUCCACCAAGAAAAUCGCCUUCUUCGCCAUCGCUUUCACCUUCCCCUUCACCUUCAAAGACAACUAAUGUAGAAGCAGAAGAUACACAAGGAAGCAAAGUUUCAUCAGACGAACACACAAGCGAGAGUAGCAGAGAAGAAGGACGAGGAGAAACCGUUGGACUAGUGUUGGGCGUUUCUUUCGUAGCAUUUCUCUCGAUGGGAAUUUACUUUUUUGUCAAGAAACGACGUGCUAAUGUAAUCCGGACGAUUGUGAUUAAGUCUGAUGCUUAAGUUAGC